AUGCCCAAACAUCUAUUGGUCAAAGGGGCAGUGUACCUGGCGGCACUGGCCUGGCUGAGCAGCGCGGGUAUACCGGGACUUCACAAAUGGGUGAUCCAAAAUUUCCCCAGUUGCGUGAAGAUCGUAGAGAGAAACAGGUUGCAGGACGUGACGCACUUGAGGAGGAGCUUCGGACAUAGAAAGGAAGAUAAAAAAGGAGGGACUGAAUGGAACAGGGGCCAAACGAAGAAGGGGCCAACGAAGAUCGGUCACGUGGAUAACCUUCUAUUUGACAUGAACCAGCUGCUACACAAAGCGAACGUCCAGUUUGUUAACGAUGAGCAGUAUUUUUGCAAGCUCUCCUAUUUAAUAAGCAAUGUGUUGAGGAAGUUUCACCCGCAGAAGAACAUUGUGUUCGCAAUCGAUGGCAUUUGCCCUUUUUCGAAACUGAAGCUGCAGAUUAAAAGACGAGCGAAAGGGAAGAAGCUGCGGGAUGGAGACAACUCAAAUGAUAUAACGUGUGGUAGUCCCUUCAUUCAGAAGAUAUCAACAUUUCUCCGAAACUUUGUAGCCCGUUUAGUAUCCCUUCCAAAGUAUACACAUAUAAAAGUGUACGUUUCCACUGACAAGGAGGUGGGGGAGGGGGAACUGAAACUGAUGAACUGGAUCCAGAACUACAUAGCGAGGAACCGCUCUCCACAUGAGGGGGGUAGCAGUUGUCUCGGUUCCCGCAGUGCUGCGGACGAAUCGUUCGUCAUCGUGGGGGCAGAUGCGGAUCUUCUCCUUCAGUGUCUAGCUUUGAAAGACGUGCGGAAUGUCUGCGUGUACACGUACCAGACGUUCCUCGUAGAUGUGGGGGCCUGGGAAAAGAAGAAGAAGGAGGACUACCUCGCGGGGGAGGGUCUCCCAAAUGGGGAAGCCUAUCCGAGUGGUAAGACUCAGCCAAGUGGAAAAAACGAGCCAAAUGCAAAAACCCAGCCGAGUGGAAAAACCCACCAUAUUGCGACCUCCACUCCAAAGUGGAAGAAGAAAAAAAUAAAAGUCCUCUACAAUCUGAACACAUUUACGAACCUCUUUUGGAUGAAGUAUCCAAGCGCCAUCGACCAAAUCAGACGAGACAUGCUUAUCCUGUUUAUCCUAAAAGGGAACGACUAUUUGCCCAAAAUCAGGGAAGGCAAUUUUUCGACCUUCUUUGAGGCCUAUUUUAACAUGCUGGAUACCGAAAUGCAGCUAGAAGAAACUGGGGGGAGUCGCUACGGAGGAUUUCUAACAGAAGAGUACCUUCUGAAUGGACCCCAAUUUGUGCGAUAUUUAAACCACGUGCAUAAGCUUGUAAACCUGCCAAGGUACUACCUUCAGAGAUUCAGAGAUGGUGCCGAUCAGGGUGAUAAAAUUGGGGUAACCGAAAGGGGUGAAGAAGGAAGGGACGUGUUGAAAGAGCACAUGUCGUACCUCCCACUUUCUCUCCUAAACGAACUGAUCAGCAAAAGAAAAAUAAAUAGAGACGAUUUGCACAUUCAGGUGCAGAAGGAGGAGGGUUCCGAUUUGUUCAGGUGCACCAUGACACAAUGCUACAUGGACGGAAGGACUUCCACUUAUUGUGGUUCCUCCAGGAGGAAGAAGAUUGCCAUGCACCUCGCCUCGCAUGACUAUUUGGAAAGCGAAUUCCCCGCAUGUAUGCGCUUUGUUGAUUCGGGCCUCCUGAGGAAGAUCAUCCAAGGGGGGAAGCAACAAACAGGGGUCACCCCAGAUGGCAAUUUGAAAGAAGAAAGAGAGUCACCAAUGGAGAGGAAGAAUGGAACAAUGCCAGGGGAAGCCCAACGUGGGGAUGAGUCGUCUGGAAAAGAACAACUAAACAACCACCCCGUGGAAGAAGAACCUAGCAAAACGGAACUCCUCUUGAAAGCCUUUUACGUGAAAAAUUGUGGAGGGGAAAAAAAUUGCCUGGACGAAAUGAACAGAUGCGAGAACUACCUCCAGGGGGUCCACUGGCUAGUUCAGAUGUACACACAAACGUGUUGCCUGAAUUUUAACUUUUUCUACAAGUACGCCGCGAGUCCCUCUCUGCUCAGUUUGUACUACUUCCUAUCCGGAGGGGGCAUCCAACCUGAGAAGCACCUCCAACCUGAGAAGCAAAUCCAACCUGAGAAGCGCAUCCAAAGUGAGAAGCACCUCCAACCUGAGAAGCACCUCCAACCUGAGAAGCGCAUCCAAAGUGAGAAGCACCUCCAACCUGAGAAGCACCUCCAACCUGAGAAGCACCUCCAACCUGAGAAGCGCAUCCAAGCUGACAAACACACCGACAUAGAAGCUGCCACUCGUGGGGACGGAGAGACGAAUAUCCUGCAGAACAUCAACCUGAACGUGUUCAGAAACAACCAGGAGUAUCACAGCUUUAUAAAUUUCUGCGUGGGGUGGUACGCGAGGGGGGUUGUCAAAGAGGGACAGGGAGGAAAAGAAGAAGCCCCCCGUGAAGUGCCCCAAAGGGCCUACUUCAAAAAUAUAUAUGACAUCCUUUUCUGCAGAAAUGCAAAUAUCGUCAUGAGUCGAAUCAAAAAAUUGAACCAACAGUUAGAAGACAACCUCCACAGGCCAAAACAAUUUGUGAAGUACUACUGGGAUGUGUAUGCAAGUAGGCUGAAAAAAUUCUGUAGAGUCAUUUUCUACAGAGGGAAAAAAAUAUAUCUUUCGAAGUUUCCUCUCUUCCGGAUGGCAUUCCGGAAUGAGGACUCGUGCAAAGGGACAGGUGCGCAUGAGGACGAAACACUUUCACCCUCAUCUUCACCGUCACGUCGGUUCAACAUUCCCAGUCGUAUGGGCAGGACGCGUAUCAACAGCUGCAAUGUGAAAACGGAAGAUCGUUCCUUUCUUUAUGAUGGCGUGAACCAUGCGAGGAGAACACAAAAAAGGGGCUUUCCUACGAGGGCUAUGGGCACGUACCCAGCUGAGGUAGACCCCUCUGUUAGAGGCUCCCCCAGGAAGGUAACACGAGUUAUCCAUGUCAAACGAGCGAGGCGGACGAAUGUUGUUUUCCGUUAG